AUGAAUAGAGGUGUUAAUUUGCAGAGCUCACCGGUGCAACAAAUGAUGGCCGGAAACCCUAACUGGUGGAAUAUCAAUAGCAUGAGGCCACCAACCCAGCCAUCUGUUACUUCUCCUUUCUUGCCUCCUUCUCCUCCUCCUCCUUCUUUUUUCAUUCCACAGUUCGUACCAAACACUUCCUCUUCUCCAUCAACAACUUCUUCAGGACUUCCUUUUCCUUCUUGGCAUAUUGACGAUAACAUCCAGGAGCUUCCAGAGUCUUGGAGCCAACUCCUCUUGGGUGGAUUGGUAGGCGAAGAUGAGAAGGGGGCUCUCAUGAGGCAAUUUCAUCAAGCAAAGAAUAAGCCGGAGAAUUGGGAGGAGCAAAUAUUAAGCAGCACGCAGGCUCCAAAUGCUCCUGCUGCUGAUGUGAAGCAAGAAAGCUCGGGAUGCGGCAGCUUUGUGUACGGACACCAGCAAGGGGUUAAUGAUCACCAACAUCAUCAAGAUUUUCAGUCAGCGGCUUUGUCUUCUUUGUCUCAAAUUAUGCAAUCAACUGCUUCUGCCUCAUCCUCUCCUAAGUCUUCUUGUGUGACGAGUUUCAACACCAGCAUGUUGGAUUUUUCUAGCAAGUCAGAUGUGAGGCAUCCUCCACCACAUCGAUCCUCUGACCAGUGUAACAGCACUGCGAAUGGUGGUGGGGCGCUUAAGAGAGCAAGGGUUCAACCUUCUUCAUCGCCAACCUUCAAGGUGAGGAAGGAGAAAUUAGGUGACAGAAUUACAGCCCUUCAUCAGCUAGUUUCCCCAUUUGGGAAGACUGACACAGCCUCUGUCUUGUUAGAAGCUAUUGGGUACAUCAGAUUCCUUCAGAGUCAAAUUGAGGCCCUCAGCUUACCUUACUUGGGCAAUGGAUCAGGAAACAUGCGGCAGCAGCCACAGUCUGCAGUUCAUGGGGAGAGGAAUUGUAUGUUUCCUGAAGACCCUGGUCAGCUGCUCAAUGACAAUUGCAUGAAGAGGAAAGGAGCUCCCGAGCAGGAUGCUGAUGAAGAGGCAAAGAAGGACCUGAGGAGUAGGGGGUUGUGUUUGGUUCCUGUUUCAUGUACCCUCCAAGUUGGGAGCGACAACGGAGCAGACUAUUGGGCUCCAGCUCUUGGCGGAGGUUUCCAGUAA